GGUCUCGCCAUCUUUUCCGCAGAGGAUUUCCUCGACGCCGGUCUGACUGCUGAGGACCGCGCCUACAUUGCCUUCAUGGCCCAGCAAGAGAGUGGCCACGCCACCCUCCUGACCAACAUGCUUGGCGAGACUGCUCCUCCCCAGUGCACCUACAACUACCCUUACCGCACUGUUCGCGAGUUCAUCGACUUCAACCAGAAGCUCACCCGCUGGGGUGAGUCCGGUGUCUGGGGCUUCCUCGCCCACUUGGACUCCCGCGAGGUCGCCUCCCUCCUCUCGCAAUCCAUUGCCACCGAGGCCCGCCAGCAAAUGUCUUUCCGCCAAAUGCUCGGCCUUGCGCCCCAACCCGUAUGGUUCGAGACUGGCAUCCCGCAGUCUUGGGCAUGGACCUACCUCGCACCCUACAUCAGCUCGUGCCCUGAGAACACAACUCGUCUCGCAUGGCAAAACUUCCCCACGUUGCUCAUCGACAACCAGUCCAACCCCAACCGCUUCUCGCCCAAUGAUACCAAGCCACACGAGGUAGUUGGCGACCGCAUCGCUGACCCCUCUGACUCCACCAUCCCCGCCGAUGAGUCCUGCGUCAACAUCAACGGCACCGAGCACCCAGGUUACUCCUGUGGACCUGCUAUCGCGCGCAACCACAGCGAACCCCUCUCCUUCCCCGGCAAGAAGAUCAACUUUACCUGGGAGAAGCCCGGUCAGGCUGUCGGCCCCAACAACUCUUACGUCACGGAUACCAGUGCCGGCGCCCCCGCGUACGUUGCGUGGGUCAGCCAACUGAACUUGACAUACACGCCCCUUGAGGUCACCGGUGAGAACACUGGUUUCACGUACCAGCCCGCUGCUGAGGUCUACGAGGGUGACCCAUCCGUCAACGGUACUAUGUUCGUUGCUCUGACUGAUGCCAACCCGUUCUUGACUCCCUUCAACUUGAGCAUGAUCAACCCCCACGUUGUUGCUCUUGGUCUUUACCAGGCCGGUUAAGUCUGUCGGUCAGGAACGACAGUGUGAGAACGCUACUGCAGCGAUGCAUAAAGAUUGGAUGAGGCCUAUGAGCCAUGUAAUUAGUUGAGGGAAUGUUUUGUAUGAUAGAGAUAGGCAAUGGAUGAUUGAGAAGGAAGUAAUGCGU